GCAUGUUUAUUUUCGAUAGUCAUAAUGUUGGUUGCUGGUUGUAAUGUGAUUUUUGUUUUGUCCUACUGUGUGUUGAAUGCGGGACAAAACUUGAUUGAUUAUUCCACAUCUUGGGCAGAGAAUCUCAUUCUUGUCAACAUCGAGUUUGUGAUACCACCAGUAAUGUACUCUUAUUCAAUUCGGAUUCUGCGCUUCAGCUGCGUGAGUUUGUACUUUUCAUGUGAAAAUAGACUUCUUUGACUUUGUGAUGAAUCCAGAAACUGGUGCAAGUAUAGCAGAUAUCGCUGAAAUUAUAGGUUGCUUGGCAUCUUCAAUAUCAUUCAGUUACUGCCAAUUUAUUGCUUGAGUGAAAUUGUACGUACAUAUCGAUUCCGUAGAGAACUAAAUAAUGACGGCUUCUAUUCCCAUUACAUAAAAUCAGCAACGUGGGAUUGUGAUGUUUGAACUUGUUGCUCUGUUGUACAAUAACAAUUGAGAUGGAUGUAUCAAACAGCAAAAGAUGCACCAAAUAGUUGUUUCUUUCUCAUGAUAUUCUGAACUGAAGUGAACUAGCAAGUUAAUUGCGUGUGGUUUC